AUGUAUCAUCAGAAUUACAGACUGGGUAUAAAUUUGACGCUAAUUAUUAUAAUCCCGAUAAUUAUAGUGCUACAUUUUGUAAUUAAAAGAAUUAAAAACAGAACAAUUAGUAGUACAGAUGAUUCUGACGUGCAUAACAACGACACUAUUUUAAAAAAGAUAUUAUAUGAUAUGAAAGAAUUAUACACCAAAUUAAAAUUAAGAAUUAAUAACGGAUCGAUUAGAUUGAAUGACGCUUUUGUUGACGAUUUAGAAAAUGGAUUGAGCAGUGCUAAUUUCGAUAUCAUUUCACAUAACUCAAGUGACAAUAGAAGAGGCUUAGAUGAGGUCAAUAAACUGGAAAUCAAAAGAUUAAUGGAAGAAAAAAAUAUCUCGUUCGAUGAAGCUAGAUUGUUAUAUAUGAAUAAUAGGAUGAGCGAAAAUAGUAUUUCUGAUAAUGGAAUACCUAUUGAUCCAAAAGUUGUUACCUUUAAAUCUGCAUUGAAGAAUUGA